AUGGAGACCGUCGAGCCAUCUUACGAUCUACCAGGACAUGGCGUGGGCUUUGGCAGACGACCCAUGGAAUCCAUGUUCAAUUACUAUUCGCAUCACUCCUCUGCGUCAUACUCUCUCCCCUACCAGGCCCCAACCACCAGCUCCUAUCACUUCAGCUCGCUGGCCCAUCACUACGGCUCCUUUCAACCGUACGUGGUGGCUAGCCCACCGCCUCUGACUUCCCCGGGGCGUCUGGCAGAGCCAGUCAAUAGUCUUCCUGAUAUCCGACCUGCAAAGAACGCCAUCAACCCGGCCACCAAGACCGAUCUGCGAGGCGUCGUGCCCGGUGUACCCAAGAAGGAAGACGGCGUCGAUGUUGACUUCUCCACCGAGGUCGAUGUCUUGAUGAAGACGAUCCAGGCCAAGCCUGAGCCUUCCUCACAGUCGUUACCCUCUUUGCAGCAACUGGCCCCGCCGGCGUAUGCAUACCCCAUGACUCCGUCUCGUAUUCUGACCAGCGAGAGCCAGCUGUCGAGAUCGGGGAAGCAACGCAGGUACUCUUGCAAUCUUCCUGGCUGCGGCAAAGCCUUCGCUCAGAAGACCCAUCUGGAUAUCCAUACGCGCGCACACACGGGCGACAAGCCAUUCAUCUGUAAGAUCCCUGGCUGUGGGCAGCGUUUCUCCCAACUGGGAAACCUGAAGACGCACGAACGUCGCCAUACUGGCGAGAAGCCCUAUGAAUGCGAGAUCUGCCACAAAAGGUUCGCCCAGCGCGGCAACGUGCGCGCCCACAAGACAACCCACCUUCAGAACAAGCCUUUUACUUGCCUGCUAGAUGACUGUCGCAAAAAUUUCACGCAGCUUGGCAAUCUGAAGUCCCACCAAAACAAGUUCCAUUCAUCAACGCUGCGGUCAUUAACAAUGCGCUUCUCCCAGAUCAGCAACGCAGGGCCUGUCAAUCCUGAAGACCGCGCAAUGUGGGAGUAUUUCUCGAGCCUCUACAAGAACAGCAACAAGGGCAUCAAAGGUCGCGGCAAAGAUCGUCGCAUUUUAAUGACCAAACAAGCACCCCUUCCGGUCAAUAUGCAUCGCAUGUCGCUCGAUUCAGAAGAGGGCCAUCCUCACGGUCGUCGAGUAGCCUACGAUGAUGAUCAAUUGACUGUUUAUACCCGCGGCUCCAGCAGCAGCGACGGCGACGAGUACUAUAUGGAUCGGCGGGGACCGACUAAAGUUGAGAUGAUGAUAUGA